AUGAUGCGAGUAUUUUGGACAAUUGCGCUUUUAGCCCCGGGGGGCGAUUGUGACAAGCCGUCCCAUUGUGGGCAGCCAAGAGUCCCUAUGAGGACUGGCAUGUGUGAUUUCUCUCAUUUAGGGCUGGCGGCCGUGGCCCCACAGCAUGUGACCGCCAGACGGCGCAUUGACCCUUUGUUUGGACGCUACUGUGAUUUUUUUUUCUUUUCUUCUUUUUUUUGGCGCAUUGUAGACUUAAAAAUGUGCAUUCAAAACGCUUUCCAGGCCGUUUGCACGCGCUGGGGCCGCGACGACCUGACCUUUGGCUCCUACUCCAGCGUGGCCGUUGGCUCCAACGGCCGCGAGGACUAUGACAUCAUGGCGGAGAGCAUCGGCGGCCGCUUGUUCUGGGCGGGCGAGGCCACCACGCACAAAUACCCAGCCACAAUGCACGGCGCAUACAUGACGGGCCUGCGGGAGGCCGCAAACGUCGCUGCGACGCUCGAGAAAGAGAAGGAGGAGGCUCGAAGGCGAGAGGGCGGGGCUGAGGGGGCCAAUGGGGCGGCCAGUGAGGGCGUGGAGAGGGCUGUUGCCUUGAGGGACACCGCGAUGUCCCUGAGGGAGUUGUUCGUCCAAGGAGCCGUCAACCUUACCUUUGGAUGCUUCUCUGCUGUCUUCGGGGCCGCCUCGGGCCCGUUUUCUGACCGCGCCCUCAUACAAGUUGACAUAGGUCGGCUGAAGGGCGACGCCAGGCAGCUGCCCAUCUACCUCGCUGUCACGCGGGACCAGGUGCUUCGCCUGCGCGGCCUUGAGGGGGACGCCCUGCGCCUGCGCGUGCUGACGACAGACAUGAGCGUCACUCUCAUGGGCCGUGCGGACAGCAACGAGGAGGUGUCUCGCCUGGCCGACGCCAUACUCGCCGAGCGCAGGCGGGCCGCUGGCGGAGCAGAGGCCAUGGGGCGGGCCGCGUGA